AUGAUAAAGAAUACGAUUCUCUUUCUUCUAUUUAUCUUGCUUCAAUUAUUUGUUCAUGAGUUCAUAGAAAAUGAUUCAAAUUGGAGAAAACAAAUGAUAAUAAAUGAAAUAAAAGGAUUACAGAGAUCUCUUCAGAAAAAUAUGGAGUUAAUAAGAUCAUAUGACCGACGUAUCAAACUUUUAAUUGAUGUACAAUGUUUAGUCAACAUGCUAUACAAUGAAUAUAAUCAUGAUCUUAUGAGGGAACUUGUAAACGUUGUGGAUGAUAUAGAACAAAGGUAUAACAUAACUUAUCCAAAAUCACGCACAUGGAAAGAAUGUUUUACUUACAAAACGAAAAUUUACCGAUACCUGACAACUGAAUAUAACCUGAAAAUAUGUGAUAAACUAAAAGAAUACGAUGAACAUGAUACUGAUGUGUUAUCUAUCUGGACGCGUAUUCAACAUACACAUAUCAGUCACUUCAAUCUUGAUUUAUUUAAUUAUCGAUUCCUGUCAGAACUUGCCAAGAUUGUGAACAAUUAG